UGUCUCUUAUCUUCUGAUUCUUCACCUAGAUCAAAAGAAAAGGGAUUAGGGUUCCAAGCUCCGCCUCCGCUCCACGAUUGAGAAUAGUAAUCGCCUCGCUAUCGAAAUCGCCGUUGAAUUCAGGUGAUCGCCGAUCUCGCUAGGAAUUAGACAUGGGAAAGAGGAAGUCGAAGGCAAAGCCACCACCGAAGAAGAGAAUGGACAAGCUGGAUACUGUAUUCAGUUGUCCCUUCUGCAAUCACGGAACAAGUGUCGAGUGCCGCAUUGAUAUGAAGAACAUGAUCGGUGAAGCUUCGUGUGGUAUCUGUCAAGAGAGUUUCAGCACCACCAUCUCAGGUAUUUGCGAAUCUUCUGUAGAAUGCACUUUGUCUGAACCAAUUGAUGUAUACAGCGAAUGGAUUGAUGAGUGUGAACGAGUCAAUAACCCUGACGAUGAUGGUGCCUGAAAGAGCAGGCAAGUUCUACUGCUGGAACUAUGUUUGGCUUUCACCGACUGCAGCAGGCGUAUAAACCUUGCUUCCAAAGGCUUGAAAGUUUAUGUUGUAAGCUUGUAACUAUAGUGGGAGUUCUUUCCUGGUAAUGCAUAGGAGUGCGGAUGAAUAUGCCUUGUGGGUAGCCUCUUAUCUGGCGUUAUAUUUGUCUUCUAUGUCUUAAACCUUAUAAGAUAGCAGGUUGUUAGCAUCUAAGAUCUGCAUAGUUCUGCUGAUAAAAAGAGAACUGAUACAUUCGGAACAAUUCAAGAUGUGUUAUUUACUUAUUUGUUGCUUGUGGUGUCCUUAAUGUCGUGCAAGUAUUAAUGUUCAGUAUUAUCGGA